GGAAGAUCAGUCCUGCAGCAUCUGCAGGGAGCAUCAGCAAAAGGCAAACUUGUGGCUGACAGUUUGUAUACUACAGCAACUUGGCACCAGCAGAUCUCAAAAUGGAAGCUUCACUUCUCUGCUUCACAGGAUGAGUGCCCUUCAAUUAUAUCUAUCAAGAUCUUCACCCAGUUAAUGUCCAGAUGUGUGGGACAUUUUGAUCUUCUCAUUAACUGUCCGCUCAACUUCUCAGUGACCUUUGACCUACCAGCAGUGACCAAAGACUUACCAGAUAUUUUUGUUUUACAAGUCAACGAUUCAACUACCAUACACAACAUAGUGUUAACAUUAAUUUAUCCAAGUUUGAUUAUGAAAGAAAACAGUUCACAAUCUUCUGGGGAGCUUCAGUCAAAACAAUCGUUAGCUAGCCGUACCAACAGUUUAUUCAGCAUAUGGAUACCCAUCAUUAUGAUUGUUAUUGUUACCGUUAUUCUACUUGUUAUCAACUGCAUCUCCUUAAAAUAUGUACAAAAAAAUCUAAAGAGAACAGCAUUUGCUGCAGCAAAAAAUUCAGAAGGAGGGACAUUGAAGCAACAAGAAGUUGAUGUUCCUGAAACUCAUACCUCAGGAUUGACAACAUGCCAGAAUAAAAGUUUAAUUUCCAUAUUUGUUAUACUUUACACACUUUACUCUUUUAUGUUUACGUUUAGUUUAGGAUUUGGUGUAAUUUAUAUGACUCAGUCUUCCAUUUGGUCGGACACAGCAGGCCCUAAAAAUCUAAGCAAGGAACUCUUACUCUUGGUUGACAAAUCCUUGAAUGAGAUCACACAGUUUGAGCAACAAGAAAGAACAAGACUAUAUGCUUCCUUCAAAGAGAAGACUAAAUCCUGCUUGCAGCAUUUAAAAAGUGAAAGUAGGAAACAUCUUUUGCGUUAUCAGCAUAUAACAAAACAAAACAUUGAUGUGGUUUUUACCCAAAAUGGAACACUGCACUACCUCACAAAUGAAAUUCAGAAACGUAAUUUUUCAGUUUAUUUGCGACAUAUUCUGGAGUUUGUCACAGAGUGCAACAAAACUUUGACAUCAAUUGUUGACAGGUUUCAGGCUAAUUAUUAUUUGUUUAUCCGAAAUACUGUGCACAACGAUUGGUUAAAAGUUCCUCGCCAGAUUUUUCUACAUCAGGAUGGAGAAGACCCAGAAAGGAAAUAUUUGUCUUCUACCCAGGUUAAGCAGUUUGCAACAUGGCUUGAGAUUGAUAAAGCUGAAGAAUUGUUUGUGGUGUCGGAGAACGUCUUUGGCAGGUUAGCCAGUAUUGCUGCCCCAGAAGUUUCUCUGCUUGAUAUGGACUUUCCGUCACUGCACCCACAUCUGGAGUUGGGGCUUCAAGACACCCACACUGUGAAUGACUCCUACAUGUACAUAGUUUUAGAUCCACUUUUUCACACCACUGAUGACUUUCCAAAUGAUACACUAACAAAAGACCAUCCAGCUGUGACCAGUAGGACAAGAAGAGAUUCAGAAACUUUUGAGCUGAGCAGAAGUUUGCGCCCGUCACAUGACAACACAUUGUCUUUGCAGAAUUCUGAAGAACAUAGUGAAUUUGAAAUUGAAAGCCAAAUAUCAAACCAUGAAUCUGAAAUCCAAAGCGAAGCAAGCUAUAAAACAAAACCACAUAUUCGUAAUGAUAUAGAUAAAAAGCCAGAUGACUAUCAUGAAUUUCUUGCAGAUUUAGCAGAUGUUCAGAAAGAAACAUCAAAUUCAGAAAUGAAAGUUUAUCAUCCAUCGCCAACUGAAGACAGUGCUCCAACAACAGUACCUCAUUCUUCAACAGCAGGAGAUAGUCAUUUGUACAUCCUGAUUGCUGUGUUCCUCUCAUUUGAUUUUGUUCUGCUGGUUUAUCGUGUCACCUGGCUGCGACGGCAACUGCAUGCUGUUUGCAACGGGUUCCCAGAAAGAAUCCCAAUUGAUGAAGCUUGUAAACAGCUGAUGGUAAUUCAAACCGACUGCCAGUAUUCAAAAUCUGAAGAACCUUCUAGAAACUAUCUUACUGGAACCACUAUGGCUUACCAGCCAGACAAAGAAAUGGAUGUGGCAUUUUUUAAACAUUUAGCAAUGGCAGAAUCUAAUGACAAUGCUUUUCAGAGAAUUUGGAAUGAGAAGAUGAGUAAAACUGAACAUCAGGUAGGGAAAGAAAAGAAAACAUGCUUUCUUCCACAACGAUAUGGACACAUGUGGAGAGUGUUACACCAAGUUUUACAGUCACAUCUUGUAUGGCAGGGAUCUGUUACCUUUUUUGUUAUUGUGUGUGUGUGUGUUCUCAUAUAUUGUGUCGAGUUUUGCUUGACACCUGACAACUUCAAGACUCUAGUUGGAGGGCAGUCGGCCGUGGCCGAUGUCCAGUGGCAUAUGGACACCAGCAAUCAGUAUUUGAAGAGUCUGGCCAUGCAACUAACAGCCCAGCUGCAGCGAUUCAAACAUCUGUGUGAUUAUGAAGUUGCUGUUUUGACUGAGGUUUAUUUUACAACUGUUAAUAUGCAGACAUCAGUGUUUGCAGACGUCUUGCACAAACUGUGUCAGCAAAUCAAGGACAAGAACUGUGAUAAGCUACUAGCCAGUCAUUUAACAGGGGAGAGAAUUGUUGGCUGUAACUUUUUACCUCUGUAUGCUCAGGCGUUUCCCGAUCCGAGCUUCUCCCAGAUGGAUGCCGUAGUGUUAGGAAAACUGACACCCUUGAGGAAUCUGUCUCAUCAACUGCUGCUGAUCACAACCUCUGUAAUUGUCUUGUUUAUUUGCUGCCGACUCGUCUGCCAGACCACGGCUACCACAAUCAAGCAGUACCUUCUGCAGACAGGGUGCCUGCGGCGGGUUACAGUGUACCAGUCAGAAAAAGUAUGCAUUUCUGCAACUGGUCGGAACAGCACAAUGAUGCAGAGAAGUCAGUCAUGGGUGGACAGUUGUGAAAGUGGGGUCUACCUGGGUGAAACAGAAGAUACUAACAAAGAAGAUACCAGCUAG